CAACUCCAAUUUUCUCCCGAAAAUGCAACUAAUCUCGACCAAGUUCCCAACCCAUCCGAGUUCACUGGAGCUUUGAUGCUCGCCGGCCUCCCUAGCCCCGCCGUCUUCUCUCCCCGGUAGAGUCCCCUGCAUCCGCCGCCAUCCAAACGUAUGGCGUCCAAACCCUAGCCUAGUCCCUGCCGGCUGCCGUCGAUGACGAACCAGACCGCUGCCCUCCAGUUAGCGGAUGUUGCUGCUCCUCCCCCAACUCAUAUGCGGCCCCCGUCGUCGGCGGCAAGGAGGCUGACCUGCUUGUCGACGGACUGGCCGGCCGGUGAUGUCCGACCGACCCGCUGCGCGUCGGUGAGUAGGCAGGUGGGGACGAUGAGGUCUUCUUCCAGGACCACCCCGCGCGACUGGAAAGGAGGAGGGGAGGUGAAGAGUAAUAGGGCCGGCCUCCAUUUUCGGCGCCACUGCACGAGAAGAUGCGUCCGCUGCACCUCUACUUUGACCAAGAAGGGCGGUGGUACUGCAGCUAAGGUGGUUGGUUGUGUGUCGAGUGUUUUGCCAUCCGGUGCCAAGGCCCUUCAUGGAAGGGCUUGCAGCUCUGAGGCUGACUUACAAGAAUGUUCCUACUUGGUGCAGAGAGUUGUGUAGGGUGUGUGAGUCUGUGAGAGCAAACAAGUCACAUUCCACAAGACGGAGAACCUGCAGUGCUACGAAGUCUCUGCCAAGAGAAACUACAACUUUGAGAAGCCCUUCCCUUACCUUGCAAGGAAGUUUGCCGGAUAAUUUUCUUCGCUCGUCAAUGGCUCCAAUAACGUCCAGAGGGAGCUUGGCUUGUGAGUCCGUUCUGCCCUCCGGAGCAAGUAGGGGUCAUCUUUAUUGCAACCCACCUGGGAGAAGUAGGCAUUGUCUCUCUCAUGAUGUGGUGCGAAUUGUCGGGCGAGACAAUGGUACAAAGGUUAACGUUAUGUUGGGUGGGAUUCAUGUAAACAUGUGUCAGCUAUUGCUCGGAUUGUUCCUCGAUGUGCUCCGCGGAGAAACCCAGGACUACCGGUGCUUCACGUGUAUAAAGGGUUCAAAAUCUCGUCUAAUACCUCAGGGAUUUGAUUGGAGCGCAAGGUCGGCUGAUAGAGGUAUUCAGAGAGUGACCACCUGUAAGAGACGAAAGCGUCAAAAUCGAUGAGAAGAUGGAAUUGGUGAGCUGCAAUAUGCCGGAAGGCAGUCCUUUCUCGUGCUUUUGAUGACAGAUGCUCGAAAGUGUUCUAUGCCGCAAGGCAUUCUCCUCUGAAAAUUGAGGAUCUAGUAGUCUGAACAGUAUGGAGGUUGAAUCUACACAUUUGGAAUGCAAGCUUGAGCCUCUGGUUCAUCUGCCUUGAAGUCAAAGACGGCCGCCUGGAGAUGCAGCUCCAACCUGAUGCCGAACACCACUCUAGGGUCUCUGCAAUGUUGGUGAGGACAACUUCAGCCUCGGCGCCA